UUGGCAAAUGCCGUGACCUGGUUGGACGAGCGAACUACUACUCACUCAAUCUCCUGCUGGUAGUCGCAGCCUGGGCCAGCGUUGAGGAUGCUCUUCGACAAUGCGACGUUGCUGGAGAUCUAUGCCGCUUUCGGCCUUGGCCACGAGCUUCGCCAAUGUAACGUGCGCAUUCAGCUGAUGAGCCUUUACCAAACACCCAUUGCAACGCACUAUCACCACUGCCGUCUUCGUCGGUCAAUCCUGGGGUACCAUUGCCCACACUUUUUUUGCCGUCUACCCAUUUUGCAACCAGCCACGUGGGGUCAUCGCUAUGCGGUCCAUACUGUCGUCUGCCUCGCGGAUCCGACGUCGGUGUUCUCCACAGCAGUUUCAAGCUUGUGUGCUUUGACGCUCCCAGAGACAGUCGUAACUCUGAGCCAUCACCCAACUUGUCGUGCCUUCUUCGGGUUUCGUGCGUUCAAGGCGCGCAGCCUCAUCUGUCUCCAGGAGUCCACACGCCAGCUAAGCGAUUGGCCGUAUCUCUGCUAGGCGGUGCGACAUGAGGGCGACCCAACGGUGGUAGCCAGACACCUCGUGUGACCAGAACCUUGCAGCGCAUGUACAGUGGUAUUUCGCGUUCUAAAGCACUCUUUUCUCCACUUCCCGGCCCAUGGGCGACGGCUCGUCCCAUUACGAUCUUGUCAAUCUGCUUUCUAUGCACAUGGUUCAAUCAUGCUCAGUCGCCCGGUGCGACUAGCAGCUGGAAAAGAAAGGAAAAAGAAAAAAGAGCUUUCGGAUCGAAGAAAAUGAAAUACCAUGCAAUGAACGGUUAGCGCCAAAUCAUAGCUCAACGUUGCACUCGCUUUGUGCCAUUUAAACUAUGAACAUUGUCGUACCUGGGAUAUGAAGACGAGGGAUGAAGAAGCAGCCCGUCACCGCUGCAAGCGAGCGUGCCUCACGGGACCCAAGUCGCCAUUCUCCGCGCAACUGUCGUUACGAACCAAAGCGUUUCGUGUCGUGAUGUGAAGCGAGGAAAUCGUCCAGCUCGCGCGUAUUAGAAGCGGCGCGUCAUGGACCGUCAACCCGGCUAACGGGUCUCUCUGAGCAACGGUUACACCAGAUUCAGCUCGCCUGCGCAAAGUCGAAGGGUAGCAGUCGAGGGGUCGCCAAAGUUAGCCCCAGAUGCUGUUUCAUCAGCUGAUGCCGGAUCGAGACGCGAUCGCGGCCGAUGGCCACUCGAGGGUUCGGAAGCGACGGCUGGAUCGAGGACGUACACAGAUAGACAUUCAUCACCCAUUUAGGUGCCGUAUAGGUUUGCACUUGGUGGCGACGACUUUGGUCUGUCGACAAUGCCCUUGAGAGCAUGGUCGCUUUCCAGAUAACGAUGCAAAAAAAGCCGUCGUCGUUUCGCCGCAGAACGUGAGAAACCUCUGUCGAUGAACAUAGCUAUGACAGCCCUUCAAUGCGAUGGUUCUUCCCCCCCCUCACCCUCUUCUCUCCUUUCCCAUCUCUCAUCUGACCAUACGAAACGAAAACGGAUUUCCCGGGCCAUUCGAAUCAGCUUGAGAGGAUGACAAUGUGCCCUUUUACUUCGACAGAGAUCAUCAUUCCGGCGUAGCGCCGAGCGUCCCAUUGCCUCAUUCGGGGAUGAAUAACUGGGGCACUUGGGUUCUGAGAACGCCAAAUACCCAUUCGUGAAUUAUUGCAUGUUCGUCGCUCGUGGGCAAGGGCACAGAGUCGCCGAGUUUCCAGGCGGAAAUGCAAUGUCACGUUCUCGCCAGAUGAGCCUGUAUGCUGCAUGCCGUUGCUAGGAUGAACCAAGGCAAUCGACUUUUUCACCUGCGAUCCCGGUAAAGCCGAGUUCACGAAUAAACAACAGGAUGUUUGGGAAUGCUACGUUUCAGAGGAGCUCGAAGUCAUGCACAAAUGGAUUAGGAAAGACUGCAAAGGUUGCAAGAAAUUGGCACACGAGUUUGCCAAAAAAAAAAAAAAA